GUUUGAUAACAUUAAUUACUAUGCAAAAUUUAUGUGGAUCAUUUCUUGAUAAAUGGUAUAAUACAAAAUUUAGUUUGAAUUAAUAUAUUUAUGGUGUUGAUAAGUAGUUAAGGAUAAAGGAUAAAAUCAUUCACAUUUUGAACUAAACAAUAAAAAACGAUAUAGGCAUAGAGGUAAGAUAACUAUUUUUUAUAAUAAGUAAAGAAUGGAUAAAUUGAAGGAAACUUGUUAAAAAAUCAUUUGGUUUUCAUAUAGAAAAAGAAUUCCAAAAUUUUAAAGUUUUAAUUUCUAUUUUAUUUAUAAGUAAGCUCUCUCACAUCAGAUACAGGUUGGGGAUGUAUGAUUAGAGUAGCUUAAAUGGCUUUAGCAUAAAUAAUUAAGCAUUUUCAUUCUUUUACUAAAGAAGAAUAAUUAAUAGUUUUAAUUAGACAUUUUAUAGAUGAUGAUGAAGAUGAAUUAAGUGAUUUUAUAAAGUAAAAAAAUAAGAACUAAAUAAAAUAUUACCAUGCUCCAUUUUCUAUUUAAAAAAUAGUAUAUUAUGCAAAAAUUGAACUUAAUAAAGAACCUGGAGAAUGGUAUAAACCAAAUGAAAUACUUUUAAUAUUAGAAUAAUUGUUUAAAUAUUCUUAAUGUAAAUUAACAAUCAAUAUUAGACUCUAUAAAUAUGGAUAUAUAUAUAAAUUAUGAUUGUGCUUUUAUUCUUUAGGAUGCAAUUAAAUAAAUGUAUAAUUAUGAUAAAGGUAAUGAAGAAUGGUUGAAUAAUCAAAUAUCAAAUAAUAUUAAAUUCUAGUAGUAAGUCAAUAAAGGUAUAGCUGUCUUUUUACCUGCUAGAAUUGGAUUAUAAAAUGUAAAUAAGGAUAAUUUGUUAGUAUUAAAUAAUUUAAUGACUUUACCAUAUUUCCAUGGUAUUAUUGGUGGAGCUUAAAAUAAAGCAUUUUAUAUUGUUGGAAGAAUUUAAGAUUAUUAUAUAUAUCUUGAUCCACAUUUUGUAUAAACAGCUUAAAAUUUUGAUGAUCUCUCAAAAAGUCAUGUAUCAUAUAGUUGCUAGGAUAUUUAAUUAAUUAAUAAUGAAUUAAUUGAUCCAUCAAUUGUUAUUUGUUUAUGUAUCAGUAAUGAAAUUGAAUUAUUAAAUUUAUGGCAAAUAGUAAAUUAAUUUAAAUUAAUUUAGCUAAAUAAAAUGAAGGAAGAAUACUAAGAACAUUUUUUUAUUUCACUUUUAGAAACUAAUGAUAAAAUAGAAAAGAUCGAAACUUUUGAUUAUUUAAAUGAAAAUCAUGAAUUAGUAAGCAUAUUAUAAUGA